CAAGAUUGAAGUAUCUCCUCUACGAAARCGCAAGCGAAUUUUAGAUUCCAGAUCCUUUCUUGUUUUUGAAUUAGCUGGGAUUCAAAAGAGUCAAGCCAAGUUGGGAGCUUUCAUUGUGAGUUAUCACUUUGAUCUUCUAGCAAAAUGAGCCCGGUACCGCCACCAACUAAUUGCAUUUCCAAGCAGAGUGCACCGAUGCCCCCUGAAGCAGUCGCAAAUGUAGUAGCACAAUCACAAUCACAAUCAAAAACAAAGACAACAACAACAACAUCCACCACCAAAUUAGCGGGCGUUUCGUCCAGAACACCAGUUCGCGACAACACCACAAUCGCUGCGGCAUCAACCAUAACAAACUCCAGACUAAAGCGCCCCCGAUCCACAGCGAGCGGGAAACCCCCUCUGAAUCCUGGCGGCGGCAGUGGAAGUACUACAACCACUACCCAACAGACAAAAAAACGCCCCUACCGCAGAACGAAACGACCGAAGAAUUACUGCGACAAGUCGACGGUGACCACCGUGACGACGCCCACACGGACAUCCGGAGAUGGGAGCGAUCCGAGCCACAACACGGGGAGCGACGGGAUCAAUGUCUACGACGCCGUGCUGGGGGAAUGCGAGGACCUUUUGCGGGCCAGCACGGAAGCCCAGCGCCUGGGAAGAUUGAAGAUGGCGUCGGCCUAUCAAUUGCUGUUGCACACRAGAMUGGUUGGGCUGGGGAAGCGGUUCGAUCGGUCGGCCAUGAUGGUUGAUCAGCAAAAGGCAAGGCAGCAGCARCAACAGCAGCACCAGGCAGRAAAACAACAAGCUCAAAACCAGAAACGAUUGGACAUGAGUUCGGCCUCGCCAGAGACGGGAUCCGUCGUUGCUCCGGGGUUGCAUGGGACCCCUAGAGCUGAUGCUGCUKGUAUCGACGCCAUCACUUCCGCCAAUGCCGGUGCUGCGGGCACCCCCGUGCAAAGAACCCCCCAGAGCGAAGCMGCCCAGACACCCGAGGCGCCCCCCGUCAUUCCGGUGGCUCUGCAGCAACUCCGCUCGAUCCUUCCGGGGAACCUUGAAAUGGACGCGAGCAUGAUGGAGCACCUGGCUCGGGCGGCYGUCGAGCUGCACCACCAGCGAACGGGGCGCAAAAAAUCGGCGGACGGAUUGCUGGCGAGYCCCCUGAACACGGCGAUGGCGACCAAUCCGGUCACGGCCCCCUCGGACGUUGCUGGGACCUCGGCCUCGCCGCCACCGGCGGCAGCUGCGGAACCCGCUGCCGAGGUGGCCCCCUCAAAAAAGUCGUCGGUGGCCUGGACMCCGGCGGAGACAUCCGCCGUGCACAAGGCGCUAAAGGAAGGAAAGGAUCCUCGCACGAUUGCAACGACGUUGUUACCUAGCAAGACCGUAGCACAGGUUCAUGCCUUUGUCAAGAACCAGCAACAACUCGCAAAGGUAAACAAAUUGCAGCAGAAACAGCAACUGGGAGCGAUAAAAACCGAGGGCUCGGCGUCGAAGGUUGCUUCUAGCACAAAUACACCACAACAAUUGGAAACCGGGGAUGAUUCCAAGAACAACAAUAGCAACAACAAUGUCAACGACAAAGYCAUAGCGACUGCAAUAGCCUCAACGGCGACUAGUGGAAGCAGCGGGGUGCCCUCUCUUCCUGUWAACAUACCGACUGCCGCGGCAAACUCCACCAAGGGCAAACCGACAACGAAAACGGAAACAGGAACAACUGUCGCUGCAAAAGGUUCCAGUUYCAAAAAGGCCGCCGCUGCUAUUCCCAAGCGCGGAGGAAGAGGCCGCAAGCCACCAACGACGGCAAUGAACACGGUUCCCAACGUCAUGAUGGAUGUCCGUGCCUUGCUGCAGCGUGCGAACAAUGCCAAGAAUGCUUCUGGCGAGACUCCCCCGACAAAAGACUAGGCACUUUACCCACCAAGUGAAACGCCAACUACACAACAACAAAAGAAGGGGGGGGGGCUUCUGGUGCGUUGUAGCAACAACAAGAGCGCUUCUGGCGAGACGCACUCAACAAAAAUGUUGCAAACUU